CGAAGAAGAAGAUGAUGACACCGAAGAACUAUUAAGAGAAUUAGAAAAGAUUAAAAAGGAACGCGCGGAAGAAAAAGAACGUCAGGAACGCGAAAACAUGGAACUCCAAGAGCAAAAGCGACAAGAAGAAAUUGCUACGGGUAAUCCACUAUUGCACAAAGAUUUUAGUGUUAAACGAAGUAUUGGGCUGGCAUUAACUGAAUCACUUGAUGAGUUGAUUCAGGCUGGAAAGAUUACUCCCCAGUUAGCGAUGAAAGUUCUCGUACAG